AUGGACGGAAAGCGGCAUCCAAGCUCUUUCCAACAGCUCGAGAAGCUCGGCGAGGGAACCUAUGCGACAGUCUUCAAAGGUCGUAACAGACAAACCGGCGAGCUGGUUGCGCUAAAAGAGAUUCACCUUGACUCCGAGGAAGGCACUCCUUCUACCGCCAUCCGAGAGAUAUCCCUUAUGAAGGAGCUCAAACACGAGAACAUUGUCGCCCUCCACGAUGUUAUUCACACCGAGAACAAACUCAUGCUCGUUUUCGAGUUUUUAGAUGGCGAUCUGAAGAAGUACAUGGACACGAAUGGCGACAGGGGUGCUCUGAAACCAGCACAGAUCAAAUCCUUCAUGUAUCAGCUGCUUCGAGGCAUCGACUUUUGCCAUCAAAAUAGGGUUUUGCAUCGCGAUCUCAAGCCACAGAACUUGCUUAUCAACAGCAAGGGCCAGCUGAAGCUUGGUGAUUUUGGCUUGGCUCGAGCUUUCGGCAUUCCAGUGAACACCUUUUCGAACGAGGUUGUCACCCUGUGGUACAGGGCACCCGAUGUUCUCCUCGGCAGUCGUACCUACAACACAAGUAUAGACAUAUGGUCAGCAGGUUGUAUCAUGGCGGAGAUGUACACUGGUCGGCCACUAUUCCCUGGCACCACGAACGAAGAUCAACUCACAAGGAUCUUCCGCAUCAUGGGAACGCCGACAGAACGGACCUGGACCGGAAUCACCCAGCUUCCUGAGUACAAGCCAACGUUUAGUCUAUACGCCACACAAGACCUUCGCCAGAUCCUUCCACAAAUUGACCCUACUGGUAUCGAUCUCCUUCAACGCAUGCUGCAGCUGCGCCCAGAGUUGCGCGUCAGUGCAAACGAGGCACUCAAGCACCCCUGGUUUAAUGACAUUAUUAUGCAGCAGCACCAGCAGCAGCAAGCUCUACAAGCCCAGGCUCGAGCUUAUACCCCUGCGCAGGGCUCUUACGAGGGCUACUAG